AUGAACAGGUAUUUCAAUCCAUUUAAAAUUUUUACAAAACCAGAGACUUCUGUGUCUAUUUGGUUGAAUGGAGAGCCGGGGGCAAUACAAAAAGAGGCUGAAAAUAUCUGGAAUUCUUCGAAAUAUAGAGUAGCGACAGAUGGAGCAAUAAAUGAGAUUACGAAGAGACUCGAAUCAGUUGAAUGGCCGCACGCGAUUUGUGGAGAUUUCGAUUCGAUUGAUAAGAAAAUCGAUAUGAGAGGAGCAAAAGUAAUCCAUUUACCCGAUCAAGACCACACAGAUCUCACGAAAACUAUUGAGUGGUGUUUGGAACAGAAGAAUGAAAAGUUGUGGUCAUUCGAUCGAAUCACUCUACUCGGUGGAUUAAAUGGACGAUUCGAUCACACGAUGUCAACGUUGUCCACUUUAGUUCGUUUCGUUCGAAGUGAAACACCAAUUAUCGUUCUGGAUUCAUGUAAUUUGGUUUUUUCACUUCCAGAAGGUGAGUCGAAAAUCUACGUGGAUUUGGAGAAGACAACGAAAAUGUGUGGAGUCAUUCCGAUUGCCCAGAAGGAAACAAUUGUGACGUCGAAUGGAUUGAAAUAUGAAAUGGACUCUCUUCCCUUGGCAUUCGGUGAACUCAUUAGCUCAUCGAAUGAAGUCGUCACCAAUGAAAUCACACUAAAAUCCACUGCACCCUUAAUAUUUACAAUUGAAAUUAUGAUGUCACAUGCACAACCAACUGCUCGACGUCUUCUAUCAUCCGCCAUUCACUACGAUCUAAUCGUAAUCGGAGGUGGAUCUGGUGGUCUUUCUUGCUCGAAAAGAGCAGCUGAGCUCGGUGCAAAAGUUGCAUUAAUCGAUGCAGUCGAACCGACACCCAAUGGAUAUGCAUGGGGAAUCGGUGGAACAUGUGCAAAUGUUGGAUGUAUUCCGAAGAAAUUGAUGCAUCAGGCAGCACUGGUUGGAAAAGAAUUGAAGCAAGCGGAGAAAUACGGGUGGAAUGGACUGGAUCAAUCGAAGAUCACUCAUGAUUGGAACUCGUUGAGUCAAGUUGUGAAUGAUCGAGUGAAGGGAAAUAAUUGGGUUUAUAGAGUUCAGCUAAGGGAUAAAGGGAUCAAAUAUUACAAUGCGUUUGCCGAGUUCGUUGAGGGAGGACAGAUUAUGAUAACUACUGCUGAUAAGAAGAAAACUGAGACACUCCUCACCUCUUCAAACAUUCUCAUUGCAACUGGUCUCCGUCCUCGUUACCCUGAUAUCCCUGGAGCCCUUCUCGGAAUCACUUCUGAUGAUCUGUUCACUCUGAAAAAUGUUCCCGGAAAGACACUAGUCGUCGGAGCUGGAUAUGUGGCAUUGGAAUGUGCUGGAUUUCUUGUUGGAUUGAAUCAAGAUGUGGAGGUUCUUGUGAGAUCCCGCCCACUCAAAGAGUUCGAUCAGGACUGUGUACACUUCGUUAUGGAACAGUUGAAAUCAAGUGGAGUGAAAGUGAGAGAAGCGGUUGAAGUGGAGAAAGUUGAGGAGUCUGGAGAUAAGAAAAAGGUGUAUUUCACGAAGAAUGGAGGAGUUGAAGAGUACGAUACAGUAAUCUGGGCGGCUGGAAGAGCACCGAGAAUGGAGAGAAUGAAGUUGGAGAAUAUCGGAGUGAAGAGAAAUGAGAAGAGCGGAAAGAUAUUGGCUGAUGAGUUUGACAUGACUUCAGUUCACGGAAUUUAUGCAGUUGGAGAUAUUGUGGAGGGUCGCCCUGAACUGACUCCACUUGCUAUUCAAUCUGGAAAACUUCUCGCCGAUCGUCUUUUCUCUGACUCCAAACAAACUGUCCGUUUCCAUGGAAUCGCAACUACCGUAUUCACUCCAUUAGAGUUGUCAACUGUCGGAUUGACUGAAGAAGAAGCGAAGAAAAAGUACGGAGAAGAUGGAAUUGAAGUAUUCCAUUCUCAUUACACACCGUUCGAAUACAUUGUUCCGCAGAAUAAAGACGGAGAAUUCUGUUAUGUGAAGGCGAUUUGUUUGAGAGAUGAAACACAAAAAGUAGUCGGUCUUCACUUCGUCGGACCAAAUGCUGCUGAGGUUAUGCAAGGAUACGCUGUCGCUUUCCGUGUCGGAAUCUCCAUUUCCGACCUUCAACUCACAGUGGCAAUUCAUCCGUGCUCUUCAGAAGAAUUCGUCAAGCUUCAAGUCACCAAAAGAUCCGGAAAAGAUCCUCGAGUUCAGGGAUGCUGCGGAUAA